AUGUUAACCUCUUGGAAUGUUAGGGGGUUAAAUAAUAUUGGGAAGAUUAGAGAGGUUAGCUCCCAUCUCUCAAGAAUCAAGCCCUUUAUUAGUAGUUUGGUUGAAACUAGAGUCAAAGAGUCUAAAGCUACUAAGAUUCGAGAUCAACUUCAUAUGACUGUUAGUUACUUGGACAAUUAUAGUUCACAUCCAAAUGGUAGAAUUUGGAUUUCUUGGGAUACUAGUAAAAUUGAUUUGAGGUUUAUGGAAUGUUCAAGUCAGCAUCUUCACUGUGGUGCCUAUUCUUUAAAAGGUGAUUUCUUAUUUUGGUUGACAGGGGUUUAUGCUCAUAAUCAACUUGACUUAAGAAGAGGUCUUUGGAAGAAUAUUCUAAAAAUCCAUGCGAAACAAUCUGGUCCUUGGUGUAUCAUAGGGGAUUUUAACAAUGUGUUAACUGCCCAAGAUAGGAUUGGAGGGAAAAUGGUCCAAGUUGCAGAAUAUACUGACUUAGAGAAGAUGAUGCAAACUACUCAACUGUCUGAAAUGGACAGUGUUGGAGAAUAUUUUACAUGGUCUAAUCGGCAGUUGACUAGUACAAUUUAUUCUCGGAUUGAUAGGGCCUUAUGUAAUGUGGAGUGGUUCUUGAAAUAUAGUGAUCAUAUUCUUAAUAUCCUGCCUCCCAAUCUUUCAGAUCACUCAAUGUUGUAUGUCAAAGGUCCUAAAGUGCAGAUGCGAAAUAACAGAUUUAAAUUCAACAAUUAUCUCUUGGAUGUAGCUGGAUUCCAGGAGAUGGCUCAAAAAUCUUGGGAGAAAACUGUUAGAGGUGAUCCUAUGCAGGCCCUUUGGCUGAAACUUAAAAGGUUGAAAUAUAAUGUGAAGGAUUUCAGCAAGAAUGUAGGGAAUAUCCAGACCAAAAUUAAGGAAACUAGAGAUAAUCUUCAUGAAGCUCAAGCUGCCCUUGUAUCCAACAGAAAUGAUGGUAAUUUGAUUGAGAAAAUUAAAGGCCUUUCCAUUGAUCUCAUUAGAUAUCAUGAAUUUGAGGUUGCUAGACUCAUUCAAAGAACUAAAAUAAAUUGGAUCAGGGAUGGUGAUGAAAAUUCCAAAUUUUUCUUUGCUUAUCUCAAAGCUAGACAAAACAAGAGUGGUAUCAACUUUUUGCAAAAUGAGAAUGGAGAUAUCAUUGAUGACCAGCUUGGCAUUGAGAGAGAAGUGAUGAGAUUUUAUGGUAGCCUUAUGGGUGAUUGCUCAAAUAGAGUGAAACACAUUGACAUUGAAGCAAUGAGAGAGGGAAGGCAGUUGGAUUUGCAUCACAAGCAGUUCCUUAUCAGUCAGAUUUCCCAUAAGGAAAUUGAUGAUGCUAUGAAGGAUAUUGGUGACUAUAAAUCGCCAGGUAGUGAUGGAUUCAAAUGCGAAGAUUUUCAAACACUGCUGGCACUUUAUGAAAGAUGA